CUGGUACGCGGGCCGCGGAAAGCAGGCGGGGAGUUUCGGUGGGGGCUGUGGUCAUGGCCUCGCUACGCGCUGCCAACCCCCAGCUGUGGAACUACUUCAAAGAGAACUACAUUCCUCAGGUCUGCGAGGCUCUGUUAUGUGGCCUACUUGUUACAUGUCCUGAGGAUCCGCUGAAAUAUUUACAGAAAAUGAUCAUUACUAUAAUGGAAAAUGGUCUUGAAAGUCUUCUCUGGGAUAUGUGCAUUGAUCCAUCAAUGAGGCCGAAAAUUCGGAGAUUGUCUGAAACUUACCUGGAACAACUUUUUGGACUGGAUGAUCAACUGAUGACUCCAGAAUUGAUGAUAAAAGCAUGUACUUUUUAUACGGGCCAUUUACUAAAGACACAUUUUUGCUCUUGGAGAGACAUAGCAAUACCUCUUACAAAUGAAGAGGACGAUCUGGCUAAAAAAAUAGAAAGAGCAAAGGAAUAUAAUAAUUUUAGACUUCAAAAAUAUGUAUUUCAUCCCUGGUGCUCUUAUGUAAAAGAUAAAAAAAAAAAGCUCACAGAUACAGUAUUGCAAAUACAAAAGAUGUGCCACUGUUAUAAGCAGAUAGCUCUCCUACAUAAAUGGAGGGAUAAAGCAAGACAUAAGCAUGAAAAGAGAGAAGAUGAGCUGUUGUUAAAACAUGAACUUCAGUUGCUAAAAUGGAGAAACAAGUUAAAACUCAAAGCUGCCCAAGAAGAAUCCAUUUCUCCUGAACCAAGCCGGUCAAAUGUCUUUUUUGAAGGCAAGAGUUGUGAAUGUGACAUUUCACUGUUACCUCAAAGAGCAGUCUUACAGAUUUUCUUCUACCUCAGUUUAAAAGAUAAAAUAAUAUGUAGUCAAGUUUGUCACUCCUGGAUGUUGAUGACACAAGCAGGCUCGUUGUGGAAUGCUAUUGAUUUUUCCACAGUAAAAAAUAUCAUCACAGAUAAAUAUAUAGUGACUACUUUGCAAAGAUGGCGUCUAAAUGUGCUGCGCUUGAAUUUUCAUGGCUGUAUUCUCCGCUUGAAAACCUUGAGAUCUGUCAGCCUCUGUAGAAAUCUGCAAGAGCUGAAUGUGUCUGACUGCCCAACACUCACAGAUGAAUCAAUGAGAUACAUCUCUGAAGGCUGUUCUGGAGUCCUGUACCUCAAUCUAUCUAACACAACUAUCACCAACAGGACCAUGCGACUGCUGCCAAGGCACUUCCACAACUUACAGAAUCUCAGUUUGGCUUACUGCAGAAAGUUCACAGACAAAGGGUUACGGUACCUGAAUUUAGGGGAGGGAUGCCACAAGCUCAUCUAUUUGGACCUUUCCGGCUGCACCCAGAUUUCAGUCCAAGGCUUCAGGAACAUUGCGAACAGUUGCACUGGAAUUAUGCAUCUGACCAUCAACGACAUGCCAACUCUGACGGAUAACUGUAUAAAAGCUUUAGUUGAAAGGUGCCCUCAUAUUACAUCAAUAAUUUUCAUCGGUGCGCCACAUAUCUCUGAUUGUGCUUUUAAAGCUCUUUCUACGUGUAACCUCAGAAAGAUCCGAUUUGAAGGAAAUAAAAGGAUUACUGAUGCAUGCUUCAAAUUUAUAGACAAGACCUAUCCAAAUAUCAGGCACAUUUACAUGGCAGACUGCAAGAGAUUAACAGAUGGUAGCCUUAAGUCACUUUCACCUUUGAAGCAACUGACCGUGUUGAAUUUGGCAAAUUGUAUAAGUAUUGGUGAUAUGGGCGUAAAGCAAUUUCUUGAUGGUCCUGUGAGCAUAAAGAUAAGAGAGCUAAAUUUAAGUAACUGUAUCCAUCUGGGUGAUGAGUCUAUUAUGAAACUAUCAGAACGCUGCCCUAAUUUAAACUACUUGAAUUUGCGAAAUUGUGAGCAUUUGACUGACCUAGCGAUUGAAUACAUUGUACACAUAUUUUCCUUGGUAUCAGUAGAUCUCUCUGGAACAAACAUCUCUAAUGAGGGUUUGAUGAUACUUUCCAGACAUAAAAAAUUAAAGGAACUUUCUCUAUCUGAGUGUUAUAAAAUCACCGAUGUUGGAAUUCAGGCAUUCUGCAAAGGCUCACUGAUCUUAGAACACCUGGAUGUCUCUUACUGCCCCCAGCUAUCAAAUGAGAUUAUAAAAGCACUGGCCAUUUAUUGUGUCCGCCUCACAUCUCUCAGCAUUGCUGGCUGUCCAAAGAUUACUGACUCAGCGAUGGAGAUGUUAUCAGCAAAAUGCCAUUACUUGCAUAUUUUGGAUAUUUCUGGUUGUGUCCUGCUUACUGACCAAAGCCUUGAGGACCUGCAGAUAGGCUGCAAACAACUCCGGAUCCUUAAGAUGCAAUACUGCAGACUUAUUUCCAUGGAGGCAGCGAAGACGAUGUCAUCUAAAGUUCAGCAGCAGGAAUAUAACCCCAAUGACCCUCCGCUUUGGUUUGGCUAUGAUUAUGAAGGCAACCCCCUUACAGAACAACAUGAGAUAACACCACUUAAAAAUGUAGAAUGGACAGUGACAGAGUCAGCAUACAGUAGUGAAGAGGAAGUAGAACUUGAGCCUCAAGCAAGAACAAAAAAAUCUAGAACUUGGUAACUUCACUUAAUGCAAGUACUUUUACUAGCUGGAUCUCGACAGUGUCAACAACUGGCAAAUCAUUUCCUGAUUCUUAUUCCAACUACAAAUAUUUCUAAAUACAUUAUUAGUUCUUCUAA